AUGGCAUCUGCUGCUUCCGCUGCUCGCGAUAGCUCCACGACCUCUGCCGGCCGAGACAACUUGACUGUUGUAGCGGCCCGGAGCGUCCCUGUGGCUCGGACCAAACCCCUUCCGACUCCUCCCAAUUCCAUCUCGCCGGCCUUGCCUCCCCAUGGGCUCAAGGCCCAGUUCCGCAAGGCCGACAAGCUCGAGCCCAUCGACUCGGACCUCGAUCUCCACGACAGCACCGAGUCUGACUCGGUCGCAUCGGCAACCUUCGAGUCGGCUGGUGCCAUCACGGCGAGCAUGCUCGCCAAGUACCACCUGCCAGAGAUCCUAGUCAACCACGGCCCUCUGGCCAUCCGGCACAUCAUGGGCUACCUGACCACCUCAGUCCCUGGAUUCGCAGGCAUCCCGCCGCCCAAAGCCCGCCGCCUUGUCGUCGCUGCUCUGGAGGGCCGUGGACAGGGCCACCACAGCGAGAGUGGCAGUCCAGAGAUGAGCGUCAUCUAUGAAAAGGUCGGAUGGGGCAGAUGGGACGCCAAGCGUCGACGACAAGCAUCGCCCGGAGCCUCUGCUCGUCAAGUAGCAGGCUCCUAUCCCACCAGUAUUCCCAUCUCCAGCGGUGAUCGCUGGCCAGGUCGUCGCCCCCGCCUAAACGUACGUGGUGGUAGCACCGACAAUAUGGCUUUUUCUCACGAUGAUCGCGAUCUCACGAUGAUGGAGAACGAGGCGGACAAGAUGUCUCUCGAUUCUCUUGACGGCCCCGCCUCCGCAUCAUGCUCGGAAGCCGAAGAUGAUGAGAUGGAGAUGAACGAUGACCCCGAGGAUGCGACUGAUGACGAAGACUGGGGCGCAGUCGGUGCUGCCGCUUUGCGCGCUGCCUCGUACUCAAGCCCCGUCGAGUCGCGCAUGGAGUCCAACUACCUCGCUUCCCAACCAUUUGUCGCGCGAGGGUUCCGCUCGAUCUCCCACGGCUCCGGCAUGCUCCGGGAGCCACGACUUGAUAACAUCGACUUGGAGGCGCUAGCCGCAUCUUCGGAUGCCCAGGAACGUGACGCCAUCCAAGCCCUCCUCCAGCUUGGAUCUGUAUAA